AUCAUUCAGCCGUAAGAUGCUCACCGUACCCGGGUCAACAUGGCGGAAACACUCGCUGCUCUCCUGUGCUCACUAACGGUCUCAUGUAGUUUCCUGGAGGGUGUUUUACUUUCAGAGUUUUGAUGAAAACUGUCCCAUGAACAUGAGCGGCUCACGCGCAGCGUUCCGGUGGUCUCCCCCGUCCCCUGCCCUGCCCGCCGAUCAUGUGCUGAAGUCUGGAGCGGUCAUAUUCCCUGGUGCGUUCGAUCAGCACGGAUGUCCUCUGCUCGUGUUUCCGGCGGAGACUCAAUGUAAACUGUCUGAGGUCAGCGGAGAGGAGGUGUCUCAGUUUAUUCUCUACUGUCUGCGUCUGCACAAUAAGAAAGGAGAAGAGGGUCUGGUGUCUGUGGUGGCUGAUCUGAGACAAGCUGACGUCAAGGUCGUGAAGUUUAUCACAGAGACUCUCCUGACAUUGGAGUUCUACAGGAGGAUCUUUCAUUCGGUGUAUUUUGUUCAACCAAAGAAGAAAUCUGUUCAGAAGCAGCUGGUGAAACUUCUGACACAGAGCACCAAACAGAAGAGACCCGUUCUCUUUAAACGGGUUUUCCUCAAGGAUGUUUGUGAACUUUCAAACUUCAUGGACAGGAGUCAGUUAUCAUGUAGUUUAGGAGGAUACCUCAUGUACUGCCAUGACAGCUGGGUUAACUUCAUUAAGGAGAUUGACGCGUUUGUGCAGGAGUUUCUGUGUGUGGUGAACAGACUGCCGUCCUGUAUCUCGACUCUUCAGUCGCUUGCGAAGCUGCCGGUCCCCACACACUUUGAGCAGCUCCGUGACUUUUGUUCCGUGAAUGAAGCUCGAUUCCAGCAGCUCAGGAGAGAUCUUGGUUUGGAUGACUUGCUGAAGUGCUGUGAGUGUUUAUUGGAGAAACUGCGUUUCCCUGAGAAUGAGCCGUGUUUUCAUGCGAUGGCCGGAACGAUUCUCUUCUCUCACACUGCACUGGAAAUGCUCCAGAACUACAACCGGUUAAGUGCAGCGGUGGAGAAAGUUGAGUUGCUGUGGCAACAGGCCUUCUCCAAGCCCCGCCUCCAGCUUCAGGUUGCCCACCUGCAAAGAGAAGCUCAACAGAUACAGGAGCAGAUAGUUGUGUUACACAGAGAGAAGGUUCAGCCCUACAGGAUUCAACCGGCUGAAGAUGUUCACAGAUCUGAAAGUCUCCGGCUGGAGUUUGAGUCUUUAAUAUACAUGCAUGCAAUGGCUCUUGUUCGUCGUGCUGAGGAUGUUCUCCACACGUACUCUGAGAGCAUUCAGUUAACAGAUGUCAGAGAGCCGUGGGUCGAUGAUCUGCACCGAAUAAAGGAGAACCUCCGUUCUUCUGUUCAACAUCUUUACCAAACACUUAGAAACGUGUCAGAUUUCCACUACACCUUAAACAGAUGUAGAGACUGGUACAAGCAGGUGCUGUGUGAAACCUUCCUGUCAGAUCUGUCACAGAGACAUGAGGGUGUUUGUGAGAGCAGCUUUACUCCAGACGGACUCAUGUGGAGACGAGGAGUGGAGACGUUUCUCAGGAGGAGUUCUUGUCCUGAAGUGCAUGAGCUGGUGAAGCUGGCUCAUCUCACUGAUGUUAUAUCUGACCCGUACCUACAGCACGCCGGCAAACAGCUGUCUCACAGAUGCAUGACUUUAAGAGGACUGUUGACAUCGUCCGUGUCUGUAUCUCUUCAUGACCUUCAGCUUGCUCUUCAGUGGCAGUACGAGUACCUCAUGAGUAACAACCCAACCUCUGACAUCACAUCCCUUCAGACUGAUCAGAAUAAGAGCGGUCUGAGAGACUCGAUCUUCAUGUCCAUCUUCGUCCCACACGGACCUUUAGUUUCGCAAUCUGAGAGUUUGUUUGAUUUGCCCAAGUGGCCUUCGGUUGGAGAUUGUGACCAUCAGGUGUCACCCAGUGGCGUUCCUGGUGCAGGUAAACCUCCCUCUCUCAGCUCGUUCGACUCUGGUUUCGAUGGAGCGGGAAGCAGUCACGUGGACACCAGGAACCGAAGGGAGGGGCUCACUAGAUAUCCAGGCAACAGGGACUCCAAACCGGUAUAUGCCCAAAUUCACGAGGAGAACGUCGCCAGCGUGUCCGACUCUGAAGAUCCAGAGUGUAGUUUGAAGAGAGACACCCCUCAGGCCAGUAUUCAGAUCGUUCCCAAAAUAACACCUGACUCUGUGAACCUGGAGAUCACGGUGAAGCGAUCGGCCACGCUACCCAAGAACCCCUGGCUCAGUCUGCCUAUAGAUGAUCUGGAGAGCUCUUACACGGUUACCAUCACGCCAAACUCUUCCAACCAGCAGAGGAUUAUCAGGAGCUCCGGCCUGUCAACAAACACUCAUGAUGCAGAACAAACCUCUCGGACACGUGACCGACGGUGUGUUUGUGAUAAACAUCCAGAGAGGGCGGAUAGCUUUGAGGACUCUGAAGUGAAUCCCAUCAUCAAUGUUCUGUCCAGUACCAUCACUGAUCCUGAAGAAAAUACUGUGGACGCUGAGGCUUCUCUUCUCUGGGACACAUUUGAUCUUCACAACCUCAGACAUGAUUCCUGUGAACAGUUGGACGCGUCUCUGUUUGAGUGGGUUCAGAGAGAACAAGAAGAGCUUCAGGAGGUGGAGAAGACAUUAGAGCGAGCAGCUGAGAUCCUGAAGGAGGAAGAGAAUGUGCUUGCACAGGAAGUGAUGCUCGAUGAGCUGUUAGAAACUGAAGACGUGAUCAAUCAAGGUCCUGUAUGGAGUAAAGAUCAGCACGGUGAGAUGUCUCUUCAAGAUCUGGUUCAAUCUGGCGUGAUUGGGUUAGACGAUGAAAUCUCCUCUUCUCUUCCCGUCAGUCCUCGCAGUCAACUCCCAUCAACUGAUUCUGACACUGAGACCAGUGAGAUUUGUGAAAAGCGCUCCAGUUCACGCAGAUCAAUCACAGAAAGCCUUACGUGUGUGGAUGUACCACAGAAAGUGGACAGAGGUGACAUCAUUCAAGAUCUUGAAGUUCUCGAGGAGCAAAUCCUGGAGGAGAGGUUCCAACUAGAAGCUUUGCGUCGGGGCGAGUCUGAACCUUUAGCUCUGUCUCGAGUCACAACACGUAGCUCCUGCAGAGAGCGCCGGAUGUUUCUGGCACACCUGGAGGACAAGAGGCCGGACGUCGAGAAAAUGGAAAGUUUGAGAAGAGAGCGAGUGAAGAAGAGAGUCGUGAGGUGUUCCAUCAUGGACAAGAACUCUAUGAGGAAAGAUCUGUGGAGUUCAGACACCGAAGAGAAACUUCAACACACUGACACAUCUCCUCUCACAGAGAUGAACACCAGUCGAACGCCUCAAGAUGAAAAACCGGAGUGUACAGAAGUCACAAACAAAUCUCAGUCAAGUAUGAGUUCUCCUGCUCCUUCAGAUUCUACAUCUCAGUCUGAAAUUGAUCAAGACGUCCGGUCUCGUCACGAGGAGUCAGAUUCGAGUGAUUUGUGGCGAUCUUCCGGCUCAGACUCUCCGGCUUCGGUGCACUCUGAGUGGACAUCAAAUUCUCCGGUGGAUGAAAUAUCUUCCUGUCCGGUGGUGAUGCAGCAGACCAAUCCAGAGAACGGUGCUUUUGAUCCUGGUGGUGCUCCGGUACCUGCACCAAGGCAUGUCUUUUAUGACACACGAACACAAGAGUGUUCUGAAUCCAUCUCGUCAACCGACCUCGUCCGAACUCCCGACCAGAUCACAAGAUGUCUUCACAUGCAUAACAAUAACAACAACACUCUCGUUCAAUCAUACAGACAUGACGGACAUUCUGAAACCCAACCGAACAUUUUUACAGUCAUGGCAAACACAACAGAAGUGCAGCAGGAGGAAAGUGUUGAAGCAGGAUGGGAGGAGACGGGGCAGAUGUCGGGCCGCGAGCUGAAUGGAGGGGUUUAUGAUGGAGGUGGCUCCACGAGAGCUGUGUUUGGAUUUCUGCUGGACCGGCCACAGCUGAACAUGUCUAAUAGACCGCUGGACCAUCAGACGCCCAUCGUGCUGGACACAGGCUCUGGUUUGAUGAAGGCAGGAUUUGCAGACCAGGACCUUCCCACUGUUGUGUUCCCUACUGUAAUUGGUCAUCCAAAAUAUGAGGAGGUGAUGAGUGGAGGUGUGGACAGAGAUGUGUAUGUCGGACAUGAUGCUCGGCACAUGAGAGGAGUUCUGACCCUCAAACAUCCCAUAAGAAACGGCAUCGUACGCAACUGGGAUGAGAUGGAGAUGAUCUGGCAUCAUGCGUUCCAGCAGCUCUCUGUGGAUCCUCGGGAUCAUCCGGUGAUGUUGACGGAGGCCGCCAGGAAUCCUCUGGAGAACCGUCAGCGGAUGAUAGAAGUGAUGUUUGAAACCUUUAACGUCCCGCUCACGUUUGUGGCCAUGCAGGCCGUUCUGGCGCUUUAUGCCUCAGGACGAACCACAGGUGUGGUUCUGGACUCUGGUGAUGGUGUCAGUCACAGUGUUCCAGUGUUUGAUGGUCACUGUCUGCCUCACGCUGUCCAGCGCUUCAAUCUGGCCGGAGCUGACGUAACGCUACAGCUGCAGAAGCUUCUCCUGGAACAGGGUGUCUGUAUGCAGACGUCUGCAGAGCUGGAGAUCGUGCGGGAGAUGAAAGAGAAAUGUUGUUGUGUGGAGCUUGAUUAUGAAUCUGAGAUCAGGAACGGAAGUAUGGUGUCCUCAGAGGUCCAAUACAUGCUACCUGAUGGACGGAUCGUCUCGCUCUGCACAGAACGCUUCAGGGCACCAGAGGUCCUGUUCAAGCCAUGGCUGAUUGGACGAGAUCAUUAUGGGAUGCAUGAGAGCGUUUUUAAAUCCAUUCUCCAGUCGGACAUUGACCUGCGGAGGAGUUUUUUUGGAAACAUUGUUCUGUCAGGUGGUAAUACGCUGUUGGCCGGACUCCCCGAGCGUCUGCAGAUGGAGAUCAGACACAUGGUUCCAGCAGAUCUGAUGGAGUCUGUAAGAGUCACGAGUCCGAGCGAUCGAGACUUCUCUGUGUGGUCUGGAGGAGCCGUGUUGGCCAAUCUGCCCGUGUUCUCCAGCGCCUGGAUCACCUCUGAUGAAUAUGAAGAGUUUGGUCCACAGAUUGUGUUCAGGAAAUGUUUCUGAGGUUUCCUCAUUUUAAUGCAGUUUUGUCUUCUUGAAAAUAGUUUUUUUUAAGUGUUUUAUAGAUAAAUAACUGCCUGGGGAAUUCUGAAUCAUGUGACCGUAAUGCAACGCAUCAGCCGUGUUUGAUGUUUCUUUGAUUUGUGUCUGAGCAACACUAAAAGCUCUUAAAAGCGCUUCAUAGCACUGGUUGUAUCAAUCAGCUAUUUUAACUAUUAUAUAUCUAUUCAAAAUGUUAUGUCAAAGUUUUCUAUGUAUGUGAUGAUCAAUUCUCUGUGUUUGUUGAUGCCGGACUCGUGUCAAAUGUGUGAAUGGAAUGAGUCAGUUGUGAAUCUUUGAAAGUAAUGUGCCACAUCAUCUACAGAUUGAAUCUUCUUAACAUUCAUUUCUGAGGUGAAGUCUGAACUGAUUUACCUGCCAGAGAUCCUGUUCUCCUACAUAGCUGCAAUUUCUCAACUUUUCCUCGACUGCUUUUGAGUCUUUUGUGUGUUUUGAGUGAAAAUGGUUUGAUUUGCACGACUUUGAUGAAGUUUGUAUUUUCACGGUGGUUUUGCUUUAGUCUUCAGUGUCUGAAGGAAUCCUUUUGAAAUGCGUAUGGAUGGAUAAACAUGGAUUGAGAUUAUGUAUCCUGCAGGUUUUGAUCAGUCACUCUCACAGACCUCUACAGUAUAAUAAACCCUUCAGUGUGAGCCAGAUGAAAGAUUUGUAAAUGCAAUUGUUUGGUGCGUGUUUUAUUUCUGCAUGUGUGUGACUGCACAGACCGUUGAAGAUUUGGUCUGUUUGUUCAUCGCUGAAUCUUUAGUUUUUAUGUUCAGUGGAUUUGUCUUUAAUGCCCUGUGAUCUCCAGCAUCAGUGUCUGUUUAACUGUCUUGACCU